AUGCCGCGUAAAAAGUCGAAUAAGCCCAAGUCCAUUAGAAAUGUGUCUUUUAGGAAACAAAAUGCCUUUAUCCUCUUUUCAGGGCAUUAUUAUGUUAUGCGGCGUAAAAAAGAAAAAAUUAGGCGUUCAAAAGCUGUUAAAUUAGCAGCUGCUGAAUGGAAAUACAAGAUGUCGAACGAGCAAAAAAUGGGUUGGUUCCAGUUAUACAAUGAAAGAAAGUUAAUGGAUAAAAUUGGAAAUGAUGGUAUUUUGCUUAAUUCAAAAAAUUUCGAAUUAAUCGCAUCAACCUUUAAUUCACCAUUCAUUAUUAAACCACAUUCUUUAAUGGCUGGAGCGGUAGAAACGGACGAUGACAAAUGUUCCAAAUUAUUUAAUGAAAUUAUAAAUACGGAAAUGCUUGCUAAUUGGUAUUGUUGA